GCUCAACAGGAGACUCAGAAGGCAGCUCUGAGAUUUGAGAGGGCCGUGUCCAUGCACACUGCUGCCAGAGAGAUGGUGUAUGUGGCAGAGCAGGGCCUCUUGGCUGACAGGAACACCAUGGACCCAACCUGGCAGGAGAUGCUUAACCACGCCACCGCUAAGGUGAACGAGGCGGAGGAGGAGCGCCUCCGCAGUGAGCGGGAGCACCAGCGCGUCACACAGCUCUGCCAGGAAGCCGAGGCUCGAGUCCAGACCCUCCAGAAAGCCCUGAAGAAGGUCAUCCUCAAAUCCAAGCCGUACUUUGAACUCAAGGCUCAAUUCAAUCACAUUCUGGAGGAACAUAAGGCUAGAGUAGUACAGCUGGAGGAGCGGGUGGCGAAGGUAAAGACACGUUACUCUGUGGCCCUGCGGAACCUGGAGCAGAUCAGCGAGCAGAUCCACGCACAGAGGGGGCGGAUGAGGGCCAGCAGGGGCCGUCCUGCAGUCUGCGGGGGGCGGAGCUCCCCUGUAGGUGCUGAGGCUGAGGUCAGAGCCACCGUUGGGAUUCACAUCGGGAGUUGCAUCGGGACUAGCUGUGCGGGAGUCAGCGGUGUACAGAGCAACUGGGCGGAUGGAGAGAAAACCAGGCUGUGGGUGGAGAGACACAGAGAGAGCGGCUGGGGCCAGAGGGAGCGGCUGGAGGCGGAGCAGGCCAGCUCCGACUGCAUGUCAGUCAUCAGCCUGCAGACCAUCGCCUCUGACCUGGAAAAGUGUGACUCGGUGGAGCACCUGGGAGACAUUAGCGACGCUGGGAGUGUACUGGGUGAGGAGUGGGGCCGCAGCAGGAAGCCUAACCAGGAGCCAGGCAACAGGGAGAGAGUGACCGAGGGGCCCCAGCAGGAGAAGGGAGGGGUUACCAAAGAAAAGCAGGAGAUCUUCAUCAAGCAGCACUACAGAAGUGUUAGCCUAUGA